UUUUGUCUAUUGCUUGCUUCGGCGCAAAGAGAGAGAAAGAAAUCAGUCAGGCCCAUACUGGGCUGGCACGUGUAGGACGGAAGACGACGAUGCUAAGUACGAUUUUAUCAGAGUGCAGGUCACUUCAACUUCCGGCGGUUGCGUGGGGACAGAAGCCGUUAGUGCGAUGCGGCUUGGCGAGAAGCAGCCAAAAGGAGGGCAUCUAUUUGCGUUGUACUAGUAGUGAACGACGAAGCGAGACAGAACCUGGGACCGCGCCGGCGUCCUUAGCCGUUUGUGCCGUGUAAGGAAGGACUCAUUUAAUCCCAUAAUCGACCAACAUGAUGAAAGAGAGUGAAGACGGACCCAGGUUUGACGACCUGAGCCCUAAGGCCGAUGCGAGUGUCAGUGAAGCGGAAGAUGAGAGCAGCACCAAGUAUUCACGGAAAAAGACGCAGAAGCGAGAGGAGGAGAGCGAUGCAUCGGAUUGGGGAGACACGAGCGGUGACGAAAGAAAAAAACGUGGAGAUAUUAAAUCUAAAGAGAUGGCUGAGCUUGGAAUCGAGUCUCGCUUCCAUGCGCUCUCGACAGACGAUAUGGACGACGAAGACGACGCAGGAAAUUACCAGAUCGUCAAGAAGUCCAUAUACAAACCUCAGCGUAAGGGACUUCUAAGCCGAUUGACAGGAGGAAGUUCAAUGGCGCCUUCCAAGCAAAAAUACGCUCAUAGCGACAUCACGGGGAUUAUCACUGGUGAGGAAGCCGAAGCUGCGAGCCUCUCAUCGAAACCUAGCGAGGAAAAAGAUGUUGGAAGCGUAGAAUUGAUGCUCGAAGAGGAAGGUGACAUUGAAGUAUCUAUCGAUCGUUCCGCCAAGACUCUCCACGGAGCUCGAGCGAGUCGUGAACACCGAAGUCUUAACGCAGAAGACGCUGCAAUGGGAGGCCCAUCCGAAGUGGUUAUUCAUUCUGGAGAUAGUGACUCUGGAUUCGCAACACUUAACCCGAUAAUUAGCAGUAGUGCACAGCGAAGGUUGCCAAAUCAUGGCGCUUUUGUAGCUCCCGGGAUGACUAAAUCUUCUGGGGUUCCUGUCGCGAAGGCAAGCCCCGUUUUGCUGGAGAUCCCAGCUACUGAGCAAGCAAAUACCGGUCGAGAUCGAUUGCUAUUGAUUAUUAAUGCGCUUGGAGCAACGGGGCUACCCAAAGCAGAAAAGUUCGGAACGCAAUCAUGCUUACUCGAGAUGAGGUUGUUCGAUAGCUCUAAUGUGCACGAUAGUGAUUCUCCAGGUACUUGGUCGUCGUAUUUGAUGCGGACGGAGUUACACAAGAAGGGCGGCAGCGAGGCGCAAUGGAAUCAACAGUUUACUACAACGUUGCGCUCAAAGGAGACGCAAUUUCUUCACGUAGAAGUGAAAACCAGUAGCAAGAUUCUCGUGGGUGAAGCCAACGUUUCCUUGGACAAAGUGGGGGAUUUAUUCUAUGAUCAACAUUAUCCUUUAUUCCGGAAUGAUGAAAGUAGUGACAAUGGCAAUGAACCAGUACUUCUAUCUGCCGGACAAGUGCACCUCCAACUGAAGAUUGUGGACGCGGUGAUAACACCUACAACAGUGGUUCCCCCUUUGCAAUUGCCGGGCUUCUCAAAACCACAAACUACGCAGUCAACUAUCAAACGUCCUAUCAGCGCAAAGUCAAUCCCGGCGGUUCUGUUGAAUGGUGGUCUGUUCUUCAAAGUCCCCUAUCACACACAUAACAUGGUAGGCCGCUCCACUGGGCCGCGUCGACAAUGGGUUGCUGUGAGAAGAGCGACCGAUCCACCACACUUGCAGAUAACAUGGGGAGAUCCGACGCUUUCAGGGUCCGCCGAGAAGAAGAAUUUGCGUUCACUUGAUUUAGCGCUGGUGACAGAGAUUCGUGAGGGCCACACAACCGCUGCGUUCGCAGCACAAACCGAGAGCAACGUGGUUAAAGAGACGGAAAAGUGCUUCUCAUUAGUGAUGCGAGCGAGGACGUUGGACUUGGUGGCCGCCAGCAAGGAGGAAGCUCAGAUUUGGAUAAAUAGUCUUCGCGAACUGUUAUUCGCAUCAGAGCCAUUGAUGGAUUCUAGUUUGCUGUCAGCGCGUAUGAUUGAAAGCUUUAAACAGUCUGCGCUAUCAUCACGAGGAGAUGACGGUAACACGAGUGGGAAGCCAACUGCAUCUGCUCCAACUAAGCGCAUGAUAGCAGCGUGGAGGAAUCGGAUUUUCAAUCUUGCUCGCAACGACAGGCUCGGUGAUAUUCUGGAGUGCUUAGAAGAUGGAUGUCCUAUCGACUUACUGGAAGGUGGAUCAGGUGAUACGUUGUUGAUGCUAGCGUGUCGACUCGGAAAUGCUGAGCUUGUUGAGCUGUGCCUUUCACGAAGAGCAAAGAAUGACCCUCAUCCAGAAUUUGGUGAGACUGCAUUGCAAGUUGCAGUUAAUUGUUCUCACGCACACUGCGUUGGAUUGCUACUUUCAACUGCUGCAAAGAGUGACAUGGACACGGAGAUUGUUAACCAUAUCGACCCCAACAAUGAUGCACCACUACACGUAGCUGCACGCCAUGGUGACUUGGCGUGUUUGCAACUACUUCUUCACCACGGCGCUGAUAUUUGUGUCGUGGAGGAGUUUGGGCGUACACCACUACAUUGUGCAGUAGCGAAUGGAAAUCUCGAUUGCGUGGCAUAUUUGUUGGAUGUUGGUGGGGACUCGGUGCUUAACUCAGGAGAUCACGACGGUGACACAGCACUUCAUUAUGCAGCGCUAUCGGGAAACGAAGACAUCGUGAAAUUGCUGCUAGAGAGCGCAGCGAACGUCUUCGCGACUAAUAUGCAUAAGGAGACUGCCUACGACAUAACAGUCCGUGAAAAACAGCAGAAGUGCGCCGAACUCAUUUCAGCCUAUUAUUUGACGAAUGAAAAGGAGGCCAAUGCCUCUGCUAGCCGCAACGAACCCGCGUCAACGUUGCUCGGACGGUCAAUACAGGACCGCCCAGCAAUCAUCUUUCGAAAUAAUGGUAAAGUAGUUGAAGAUGAAUUCGAUAAGGAAAUUCCAUCAGCAUUCGUCCACACUGAAGUGUGGAAACCUACGGUACAAAACAAGACGAUAGACUAUGAAGAAGACAACUACGGUACUCAUUCAGAACGGCACCGAUCGUCGAGCUAUGUGAUGAGUGGAAGUGCUACAAGUCGAUUGCCACUAUCUCCGACUGAGCAGAUUCGGGAUGCAUUGACGAGAAAACAGCGUGCACACUCGCUUUCACCAAGAGGAUACACACCAGAGUGGGCUGGUACUUCACAUUAUUCUGCCAGGGAACUACCUGCGUAUUCUCCGUUCAACGAACGACUUGUUGCAACGGAACGACUUGACCGCGAUCAUAUUCGGCCGUACCAUCAGUAUGCAACCAGAGAAAAUGACCCGCGUUAUUGUUCCAGUCAGUCAUGGGAUCAUUAUCAUCAAGGAAGUGGCUAUUCACAUCAUUAUGGCAUGCACACUCAGAGACAAGCUGCCCCAGAAAAUACGCAAUCAUUGCAAACCCGUUGGUCUGAAGCUAGACCGAUAAGUAGUGCCCCUCCAGCUACAUCACGAUCAACAUGGAAUCAGUACAGCCAGGUAAACACUAAUUUGUAUUCUCAGCAUGUUCCGCACGUUCAAACGGAGUCACAAUGGGACACACAUUACACGGAAGAUGGCUACCCGUACUAUGUGAAUAAAACUACCGGUGUAUCGCAAUGGGAGAAACCUGUCGAAGAAAACGCGAACAGAAUCUCCGUGGCUCAAGAAAUGCAUCCUGAUUCUAGACAUCAAGAUACUCUUUCUCCAGACGCGAUUAUUCGGCUACGUUUGGCGGAAGUUCGAAAGCAGAAAUCGCAAACAGCACUAGUGUCACCUGUCAGCUCGCCAGCAACUUCCUGCUCAACACCUACGUUAACAAGCCAGCCAACAAACAAUCAAAGGCUAGCUUCGGAACUCUAUGCAUCAAACCCUGAAUUACCAUCCCGAGAAGUGCAGGUAGUACCGACAUGUGUCAUGCAAUCAGAUACAUUUUCCGAGCCGUCAAAGUACGAGGAUCGAACAGGCCUGAAGCUUUCGGUCGACAUAGCUGCACCUCCAGCUCAAAAUGUUACUCGACCUGUCUUCGUGCCAUCACCUCGUUCUAAGAGUCCUGUCAAGAAAUUUUUAGAAAAUGCUGAUGAAGAUGUAGCCAGCGGUUCAUUUGAGAAGUCUCGUGCUUCCUCGCCUCGUGGUCGAUCCAAGAACAUUCAGCUGAUCGAGCUAAAGCGUGCUAACAAUCUUGCGCUCGCGCUCGCAAGCUUCAAAAUCCACGAUCACUACGAGCAGAUUGUGAAUGACAUCGUAACAAUGGACGAGCGUGUGGUUAAUCCAGCUUUGCUGGGAUGUCUCCAACGAUUCUUUCCAACCGUAAAGGAGAAGCAAGCACUUCAAAACUUUAACGGCUCAGUAAGUACUCUGGGCAAAGCAGAGCGCUUCUUCUGUCUGCUGUUUCAAGUUCCAGGAAUGCAGGAACGUAUCGACAUGUUCCUGUACAAGAUGGAGUUUGGUCGCACACGUUCAGCCUUAUUGUCGCGAAUUCUUGUCGUGAAACGGGGUUGCCGAGAUUUGGUAGAGAACUAUUCGUUUAUUGAGGCGUUGGAACAGUUCUUCAAGAAGCAAAAGGCUACCUCGUUCGCAGUAUUUGAGGACAACAAAGCUAUGUUCAUAUCGGGAUACCUUUCUGAAGUGGACGAGAAGUUGAAGUCAUUUCGAGGUGAUCUCGAAAAGGCUAUGUGCGUGGAACUUGUCGAGUUACAACUGCAGUUAAAUCGCUUGGUGGCUGGCAUGCGACCUAUCCAAUCCUUCGUCAACAGAAGUCCAUCUUCGCGUUCGGCUCAAUCCGAAGAACGUGACAGCAAAGCUCGAGACAUUCUACAGCGCUUUCUCGCGGAUACGCGGACUCAGCUUGCUGAAAUUGAGAGCGAAUUCGAGGCGAUGGAGCUCUGGGGAGACAAGCUAUUGACUGUAUUUGGAGAAAGCAAGGCAACGUGCCAAAUAUCGGCAAUCUUGCGGGUCGUUGUGGAGCUGUUGUAA